GGAAACCAACUCGUCCUGCUGCCCCUCUCCCCCACAUAUAUAUACACCGCCCCAUCAUCCGCUCGAUCGAUCUCCUCUGGCAGAUGAAGCUCUCCUCGUCCUCGCGCCUCGCGGAGAGCUCCGAGAUCCUCCUCCUCCCGCCGCACCAGCAGCGCCGCAGCGGCAUCGUCGUCACGCGGAUGUUGUCCUCCCACUGCGACAACGGCGCGCUCAUGCCCUACGCGGCGGCGGGGCGGCGGGCGGCGGCGCUGCUCGACCACCGGCGGUACCGCCCGAAAGUGGAGGUGGCGCCCAGCUGCCCGCGCUGCGACUCGCCCAACACCAAGUUCUGCUACUACAACAACUACAGCCUCAGCCAGCCCCGCUACUUCUGCAAGGGCUGCCGCCGCUACUGGACCAAGGGCGGCUCCCUCCGCAACGUGCCCGUCGGCGGCGGGUGCCGGAAGAACCGCCGAGGCAAGCCCGUGCGCCCCAUGCCCGUCGCCGGCGCGGUCGCGGCCGGUAGCGCUGGCGGCGCGGCGGCGGCUUUCGCCCACCGGUCGUCGUUCCCCUGCACGCUGCGGCCGGAUCUGCUCCUGGAGGGCAUGGUCGGCAGCCCGGCCGGCGGCCUCUGCCAGCCGAUGGACGCCACCGACAGGCCGGCCGUGGUCCAGGGAUCCACGAUCGACUUGGCCUUGCUGUACGCCAAGUUCUUGAACCAUCAGCCGGCGGCGGUCGAGCAGUGCGCCAUCCUGCCGGAAUCGCUCGACACCUCGAGUGGCUCAUCAAGUGACAUGAGCCCCAACAUCCCGCCGCCGGAUCACCAUCCCUUCGCGAGGCAGGACGGAUUCGUCGAGCUGUCCGCACCGGCGAGCGCGGAUCCCAGAGCAGCCGCGCAGCAGUGCCCCCACGCACGCACGGAGGUGCUUGGGGAGCUCAUCAGCUUCAGCGUGGACCAGAGCUGCUUCGACUCGCUCGGCUUGCCGACGGACGACGGCGAUCUGAUCCUGCCGUCGACGUGGCAUCCGGAGGCCAAGUACGAGCCGUUCGAUCCGCUGCCCGAGGACGCCGCCAUGAGCCUCCAAGGUGGCAGCUCCAGCGGUGAUGAUUUAUGGAGCAGUGCGUUGGCCUGCCAAGGACUGGAAGCAGCUCUCUGCAGGCCGUAAUUUUUACUCAUCUUUUAAUGGUUACCGUGCUUGAGAUUGUUUUAUGCAUUCUUGUUUUUUUUUCAGGUUUUGAUCACGUUCAGGAGUAAUUUAUAGAGAUAAUAUAUAUACAUGUCCAGAUCAUGCAUAUUAAGGGAACAAGGGUAUACAUGUGAGAUAGAAAGAAUUGCAAUAAAAAUUCAAUACUUUUGUUUGGUA